AUGACGACUCCGCAAGCGCCGGAAUCUCAAGGCUGGUUCCCACUUGGGGAAGGAAGAGGUACGCAAACCUCUCAUAUAACUGCGAAUGAGAUGUUAAAUUUCAUUCCAAGCAUCGUCAAUUACUUGCUCGCCCAGCAAACCUUUUCUAUCUCUGGUGGAUUUGCCGACUGCUUGCCUUCCGAUGCCUAUGCUCUUGUGACAGCCUGUGAGGACAAUGUUCUCCUAUAUGACAAUGGAGGAAAAAAAUACGUGCUACAAGGUUUCUUUGUGCUGAAAACUGGUUCUAUGGCACUAUAUAUCGAGAAAUUCCUGCCUCUGUCACUGUUGUAG